AUGGUUGCCUUCGGGAAAAGGUUGAAAGAAAGACAACUUGAAGAAUGGCAAGGAUAUUACAUAAAUUACAAACAAAUGAAGAAACGAGUAAAACAGUAUGCUCAACAAAUAGAACUCGGAACACUAGAUAGACGACAUGUACUAAAGGAUUUCUCAAGAAUGCUGGAUAAUCAGAUUGAGAAGAUUGUCCUUUUCCUUCUGGAACAGCAAGGAGUUUUGGCAAGCAGGAUCGCAAAGCUUGGAGAGGAGCAGGAUGCUGUUCAGCCGGAGCCUGAGUUACAAAAAAUAGCCAAACUACGCGAAGAUUAUAGAGCAGUGGGGCAAGAUUUAUUGAAGCUUUUCUCUUUUGUAGAGAUCAAUGCUAUUGGUCUGCGCAAGAUAUUGAAGAAGUUUGAUAAACGCUUUGGCUAUCGAUUCACUGAUUACUAUGUCAAAACUCGUGCUAAUCAUCCUUACUCUCAGCUGCAGCAAGUUUUCAAGCAUGUGGGAUUUGGAGCUGUUGUGGGAGCCUUAUCUCGCAAUCUCCAUGAUCUUCAAGACCGCCACGGCAGCUACUUAUCAAUUUAUGAUCAGCCUACUCUUCCCCUUCAGGAUCCUGUCAUUGAUUCAAUAAGAGCAGCCGUUGACAGGUUAACCAACUCAACUAACUUUCUUAACUUUCUCGGUCAACAUGCACUCAUUAUGCAAGAGGAGCUGCCUGCACAUACUGAUGAGCCUAUCGAUGAUCAAAAAUAUCAUUUUAUGUCUCUUAUUCUGAACUUGGCUAAUACAUUUUUGUAUAUGGUGAACACAUAUAUCAUCGUCCCAACGGCAGAUGAUUACUCUGAGAGUCUUGGGGCAGCACCAACAGUUUGCGGUAUUGUGAUUGGAGCAAUGGCUGUUGCGCAGGUGUUUUCUUCCGUGUAUUUCAGUGCGUGGUCAAAUAAGUCCUACUUCAGACCACUUAUAUUCAGUAGCAUCACCCUUUUUCUCGGAAAUGCCCUGUAUGCAUUGGCAUAUGACCUCAAUUCAAUAUGGAUCCUCUUACUUGGUCGUCUUUGCUGUGGGUUAGGUUCUGCCAGAGCCGUUAACAGACGUUACAUCAGUGACUGCGUGCCCUUAAAAAUUCGUUUGCAAGCAUCAGCAGGUUUUGUUAGUGCGAGUGCUCUUGGAAUGGCUUGUGGUCCUGCAUUGGCUGGGUUACUGCAAAUAAAUUUUAAGAUCUAUAAGAUCACAUUCAACCAAGAUACCUUGCCCGGGUGGGUCAUGGCUGCUGGCUGGCUCAUGUAUCUAAUAUGGUUGUCGUUCAGUUUUAAGGAACCUUCUCAUGAUAUUGAAGAGAAUCAUAAACCACAUAAAUCCAAUGCUGGUACUGAAUUUUGUCCUUCACAAGCAGAAAGCAGUGCACUUGAAAAAGGCCAAAAACAACCAUUGCUGGUUAGUUCAGAAAACAAAGCAGAUGAAGAAGCUCCGGAGGAUUGUGAUGGUAGUGAAGAGGCUCCACAGGAAUCGCGUAAACCAGCAAAUUCAAUUGGAUCAGCAUAUAGACUCCUUACUCCUUCUGUAAAGGUUCAGCUAUUGAUAUAUUUCAUGCUCAAAUAUGCAAUGGAGAUUUUGCUAUCAGAAUCUAGUGUCAUCACAACAUACUAUUUCAGCUGGUCAACAAGCACAGUCGCCAUUUUUCUUGCGUGCCUCGGCCUGACAGUUCUUCCUGUAAACAUUGUUGUUGGAAACUAUAUAAGCAAUAUGUUUGAGGACAGGCAAAUCCUGUUGGCAUCAGAAAUUAUGGUUUUCAUAGGCAUAAUCUUUAGCUUCAACUUGUUUUUUCCAUAUUCUGAGCCACAAUACAUCUGUUCAGGCCUGCUGAUGUUUGUUUCUGCUGAAGUACUUGAAGGGGUUAACUUGUCACUCCUUUCAAGAGUGAUGUCAUCGAGGCUUUCACGAGGAACCUACAAUGGAGGGCUCCUUUCAACGGAGGCCGGCACAAUCGCAAGAGUGAUAGCUGAUGCAACCAUCACACUGGCUGGCUACGUGGGUGUCAGCAGGCUCCUAAAUCUAACCCUUCUUCCUUCCCUCUUCAUUUGCAUAGCUUCCAUCUUAGCAACAUUCUACACUUAUAAUUCCUUAUAUUGAUUUUGCUGCCUGGAUCGAUGCCUUCCAAGGAGAGGAUUUGAUUUUUAACACAAUUCACCUCCUUGUCAUUCUUGAAUGUUUUCAUGCUUCUUUCUAAUUUCUUU